CGAAACCAGUCUCCUCCCCCAAAGUUGAUACGAAAAUAAGAACAUUAUGCCGCCUGUCACACGGGAAGAAGUUGGAUUCAUGAACUAAAACUAGUUUUUUUUUGUUACACUAACUCAACGUUUUUGCAUUGUCGUCCUUUUCUAAUUUGGACUGGAGAAAACAGCAAAGCAUGUCUCGUUUUGGGGCGUUAGUCUUUUCAAUUUGACGAGUGAAACGCAUGUUUGUUGCCAAGGUACACUGUAACGUGUCAGCGGACCACUUCAUCAGAGCAAGACAACUUACUGCAUGUCCUACUUACCUGGAAAGCCAACUUUUGGACAGAAUUAAGCGAAAAUGUCAGACAACAGAUCUAGUUUUCUUCAUAUUGGAGACAUUGUGUCGCUUUACGCGGAAGGCACUGUCAAUGGCUUCAUCAGUACAUUGGGGCUUGUUGAUGACAGGUGUGUGGUGCAGCCGGACGCAGGAGACCUGGCCAUUCCGCCCAAAAAGUUCAGAGACUGCCUAUUCAAGGUAUGUCCGAUGAACAGGUACUCGGCUCAGAAGCAGUUCUGGAAGGCCAAACAGGGCAAACAAGGCAACAACUACACAGAAGCAGACCUAUUCAAGAAGUUACAGCAUGCAGCAGAACUGGAACAGAAGCAAAACGACACUGAGAAUAAGAAGCUGCUUGGAGAGGUGGUCAAGUACAGUAACGUCAUCCAGCUUCUGCAUAUUAAAAGUAACAAGUACCUGACGGUGAACAAGCGUCUGCCGGCGCUGCUGGAGAAGAACGCCAUGCGUGUGUCUCUGGACCCAUCCGGCAAUGAGGGCUCUUGGUUCUACAUCCAGCCCUUCUGGAAGCUCCGCAGCGAGGGUGAUAAUGUGGUGGUGGGAGACAAGGUGGUCCUGAUGCCUGUGAACGCAGGACAGCCUCUCCACGCCAGCAACAUUGAGCUGCUAGACAACCCCGGCUGCAAGGAGGUGAACGCUGUGAACUGCAACACCAGCUGGAAGGUCACUCUGUUCAUGAAGUUCAGUGACUACAGAGAGGACGUCCUCAAAGGAGGUGAUGUGGUGCGUCUGUUCCACGCCGAGCAGGAAAAGUUCCUGACAUGUGACGAGUACAGGAAUCAGCAGCACAUCUUCCUCAGGACCACCCUGCGACAGUCUGCCACCUCCGCCACCAGCUCCAAAGCACUCUGGGAAAUAGAGGUUGUGCACUACGACCCCUGCAGAGGGGGUGCUGGCCAGUGGAACAGCCUGUUUCGCUUCAAACACCUGGCCACUGGGAGCUACCUGGCUGCAGAGAUGAAUCCUGAUUUUCGGGAUGAGAGUUUGGAUUCUAAAGCAGAGGUGAGUCAGACGGAGAUGGAUACAGGGUACUCCCAGAGGAAGCGUCAGGCUGCAGAGAAAAUAGCCUACACCCUGGUGUCUGUGCCCCAUGGCAACGACAUCGCCUCUCUGUUUGAGCUGGAUGCCACCACGCUGCAGAGGGCUGACUGUCUGGUGCCCAGGAACUCUUAUGUACGGCUGAGGCACCUAUGUACCAACACCUGGGUGACUAGCACCAACUUUCCCAUCGACACUGAGGAGGAGCGCCCCGUCAUGCUCAAGAUUGGCACUUGCCGUACGAAGGAGGACAAGGAGGCAUUUGCCAUUGUCUCUGUUCCCUUGUCUGAGGUCCGAGACCUGGACUUUGCUAACGAUGCCAACAAGGUCCUGGAGUCGACCGUGAGGCAGCUGCAGUGUGGCAACAUUGCUCAGAACGAUAGGAGGUUUGUGACCAAGCUGUUGGAGGACCUGAUCUUCUUUGUGUGCGAGGUCCCCAACAACGGUCAGGACGUACUGUCUGUGGUCAUCUCCAACCCGAACAGAGAGAGGCAGAAACUAAUGAGGGAACAGAACAUUCUAGCCCAGAUUUUUGGUAUUCUGAAGGCCCCGUUCACAGACCAGGGGGAGGGUCCCAUGCUGAAGCUGGAGGACUUGGGGGACCAGCGCUACGCUCCCUUUAAGUACAUGCUGCGGCUGUGCUACCGAGUGUUGCGCCACUCCCAACAGGACUACCGCAAGAACCAGGAGUAUAUAGCCAAGAAGUUCUCCAUCAUGCAGUCUCAGAUCGGUUAUGAGAUCCUGGCGGAGGACACCAUCACUGCCCUGCUCCACAACAACCGCAAGCUGCUGGAGAAACACAUCACAGCCAAGGAGAUCGAGACCUUCGUCAAUCUGCUGCGUCGCAACCGAGAGCCAAGGUUUCUGGACUACCUGUCAGACCUGUGCGUGUCCAAUAAGACGGCCAUCCCAGUGACACAGGAACUCAUCUGUAAAUUCAUUCUGAACCCCGCCAACGCUGAGAUCCUCAUCCAGACCAAGCUCAUCCCCAGCAUGGAGACUACCUUGCAGUCGUCCAUGCUGCAGGAGGACACCGAGGAGGACGAGGAGGUGUGGCUCUACUGGAUUGACAGCCACAAGGAGCCACACGGCAAGUCCAUCCGCCACCUGGCCCAGGAUGCAAAGGGCAACCACAAGCUGGACAACGACGUCAUCACCUACUACAGAUACCAGCUCAACCUGUUUGCCAAGAUGUGUCUGGACCGCCAGUACCUGGCCAUCAACCAGGUGUCCAGCCAACUGCCCGUGGACCUGAUCCUGCGCUGCAUGUUUGACGACUGCCUGCCCUACAACCUGCGCGCCUCCUUCUGCCGCCUCAUGCUGCACAUGCACGUGGACCGCGAGCCCCAGGAGGCAGUGGUGGCCGUGCGCUACGCCCGCCUCUGGACCGAGAUCCCCUCCAAGAUCACCAUCCACGAGUAUGAGUACGAGUUCACUGACACCUCCAGAGAGGAGAUGAAGAGGAAGUUUGCCCCCACCAUGGAGUUUGUAGAGGAAUACCUCAAAGACGUGGUCAGUCAGCCCUUUCCCUUUGGAGACGAAGAGAAGAAUGAACUGACUCUGGAGGUGGUGCACCUGGCCCGUAACCUGGUUUAUUUUGGCUUCUACAGCUUCAGUGAGCUGCUGCGUCUCACACGCACCCUGCUGGCCAUCCUGGACUUUGUCCAGCACCCGCUUAACGACAUGGCCGAGCUCAGCAAGAGCCCCGAGGCAGGGAACAACGUGUUUCGUACCAUCCACGGUGUGGGAGAGAUGAUGACUCAGAUGGUGCUGAGUCGAGGGCACGUCCAGCCUCACCACCUCCCGAACACAACCCCGUCCCUUCAGGACAGAAAACAACCACUCUGUCUGACAGACAACGAGGAUGUCAUGGUCAUGGACACCAAGCUCAAAAUCAUUGAGAUUUUACAGUUUAUUCUGAGUGUGCGACUGGACUAUAGGAUCACCUACCUGUUGUCCAUCUAUAAGAAAGAGUUUGGGGACAGUAAUCUACCGGACAGCUCUAUGUCAUUGUCUGAAUUUCCCUCCAUGUCAGUUUCAGAUCCAGACAUUGAUGAGAUUGCAGCCAAAGCAGAGUCAAUGUUUGCUGGGAGUUCAGAGUGUAGUGCUGUGGAGCUGGAUGAUGAGGGAGGCAGGACCUUCCUGAGGGUACUGAUCCAUCUCAUCAUGCAGGACUACACCCCGCUGGUGUCCGGCUCGCUGCAGCUCAUGUUCAAACACUUCAGCCAGAGAGCCGAGGUCCUACAGGCCUUCAAACAGGUGCAGUUGCUGGUAUCGGAGCAGGAUGUGGAGAACUACAAGCAGAUCAAGACUAACCUGGACCAGCUCAGGCUGGCGGUGGAGAAGUCUGAACUGUGGGUGGAGAAGAGUGGAGGCUACGGCAGUGAGGACAUAGGAGACAGCCAGGUCAAGGAGCAGACCAUGGAGGAGGCGGGCAUCCUGAGUCCAGUACAGGAUGGGGAUGUGAAGCCUCAUAUAGACAGCAACAAAGCUAACAACUACAACAUCGUCAAAGAGAUCCUGCUGCGGCUCAGUAAGCUGUGUUACCCCAGUAAGAAGAGUUGUGUGCAGCAGCAGAGGCUGCUGAAGAACAUGGGGGCUCACUCUGUGGUGCUGGACCUGCUCCAGAUACCUUAUGAGAAGAGUGAUGAGAAGAUGAAUGAGAUCAUGACACUGGCCCAUGUAUUCCUGCAGUACUUCUGUAGAGGCAACAGCCAGAACCAGGCUCUGCUCCACAAAUACCUCAACCUGUUCCUUACACCAGGGCUCCUGGAGGCUGAGACCAUGCGCCACAUCUUCAUGAACAACUUCCACCUGUGCAACGAGAUCAGCGACCGCGUGGUCCACCAUUUUGUCCACUGCAUCGAGACGCACGGCCGACACGUCCAGUACCUCAAGUUCCUCCUGACCAUCGUCAAGGCCGACGGGAAGUACGUGAAAAAGUGCCAGGACAAGGUCAUGACCGAGCUGGUGAACGGUGGCGAGGACGUGCUGGUGUUCUACAACGACCGCUCCUCCUUCCCGGUGCUGUUCCAGAUGAUGUGCUGCGAGAUGGAGCGUAGGGACGAGGGCGGCGCCCUGGCCUACCACAACACUCUGGUAGAGCUCCUCGCUGUCUGUACCGAGGGCAAGAACGUAUACACCGAGCUGAAAUGUAACUCCCUGCUGCCCCUCGACGACAUUGUCAAAGUGGUCACCCACGAAGACUGCAUCUCUGAGGUGAAGACGGCCUACGUGAACUUUGUAAACCACUGCUACGUGGACACUGAGGUGGAGAUGAAGGAGAUCUACACCAGCCACCACAUCUGGAAGCUCUUUGAGAACUUCCUGGUGGACAUGGCACGGGUGUGCAACAGCACCACGGACCGUAACCAUGCCAACAUUCCCCUGGAGAGGUACGUGACGGAGACGGUGAUGGCCAUCGUCAAGGGCUUCUUUAGCUCCCAGUUCCCUGUCAACAACUCCAACCUGCAGACCCACCAGCCCAUCUUCAUCCAGCUGCUCCAGUCCUCCUUCAGGAUCUAUAACUGCACCUGGAUCAGCUCGGCCCAGAAGAACAACAUCGAGGGCUGCAUCAAAACACUGUCUGACGUGGCUAAGGCGCGUGCCAUAGCCAUCCCAGUGGAUCUGGACAGCCAGGUGAACACUCUGUCUCUGAAGGCCCACACCUACAGGGUGGAGCGUGCCGUAAAGGACUGGAGGACCUCAGCACGCACCCGGGUCCGCAAGGAGAUUCUGGGAGUGCCUGACUACAAGAGCAUCAUCGAGAAGCUGCAGGGUGUGGUGGCGUGUCUAGAGGAGCAGUUCAGUCCUAUGGUGCAGGCUGAGUUCUCUGUGUUGGUGGAUGUACUACACAGCCCUGAGCUGCUGUUCCCAGAGGCUGCCAGACUGCGCUGUGAGAGCGGGGCCUUCAUGUCCAAACUGAUCAAACACACCAAGAAGCUGAUGGACAAGGAGGAAAAGCUGUGCAUUAAGAUCCUGCAGACACUCCGAGAGAUGCUGGACAAGAAGGAGGCCUUUGAUGAGCCUGGAAACGUGUUAAGGAAGAUUCUCCUCACUCGCUACUUUGGAAAUCAAAGGCUUCACUCCAAAUCAGAGUUUGGGAGCGGGAACAGCUCAGCUGGAGGUGGCUCUUUGGUGCAGGACUCUGACAAGUUGAGCAGCAGCAUGGUAGAUAUCCAGUGUCUGCUGGACAGUGAGGGAGCCUCAGAGUUGGUCAUAGACCUUAUCGUCAGCACCAAGAACGACCGCAUGUUCGAGGAGAGCAUCCUGCUAGGCAACGCCCUGCUCCAGGGGGGAAACACUCAGAUACAGAACUCGUUCUACCACCAGCUGCACAAGCAGAAGAAGUCGGAGCACUUCUUCAAGGUGUUCUACGACCGCAUGCGUCUGGCCCAGCAGGAGAUCCGGGCCACUGUGUCCGUCAACAUGUUCGAGGUCGGCACCUGCAGGAAGAGAGACGAGGACGUCGACGUCAGUCACAGUGGCAUCCGUCUCAGGAAAACACCAAAAGACUCUUCCCUGCACAUGAUAGACAACAUGCGUGGCCAGUUGAACGAGGCGUCCUCGGCCACCUCCAAGGCUUUUGUCUCCUUCCGGAAGGAGCGGGACACGGACCUGGAGGUCCUGGAGGGCCAGGCCGGUGAGGGGCCCGGGGGAGGGGCCGAGGAGAGGGAGGAGGAGGCCCAGAUGAGCCGGGCCAUCACCAUCAUGAAGCCUAUCCUGCGCUACCUGCAGCUGCUCUGUGAGAACCACAACAGGGACCUGCAGAACUUCCUGCGGAACCAGAACAACAAGACCAACUACAACCUGGUGUGUGAGACGCUGCAGUUCCUGGACAUCAUGUGUGGCAGCACCACUGGAGGCCUGGGUCUGCUGGGCCUCUACAUCAACGAGGGCAACGUGGACUUGGUCCGGCAGACCCUGGAGACCAUCACAGAGUACUGCCAAGGACCCUGCCACGAGAACCAGUCCUGUAUAGCCAAGCACGAGUCCAACGGAAUCGACAUCAUCAUAGCUCUAAUAGUCAACCCCGUCAACCCUUUAGGGAAGCAUCGACUGGACCUGGUGCUGGAACUCAAGAACAACGCCUCCAAGCUGCUGCUGGCAAUCAUGGAGAGUCGCCAUGACAGCGAGAAUGCCGAGAAGAUCCUUUACAAGAUGAGGCCAAUGGAGCUGGUGGAUGUGAUGAAGGAGGCAUAUGCCCAGGGGCUGGAAAGUGAGGCUGAGGAGAACGCUAUAGGAGACCAGAUCAAACCUAAAGACGUAGGACACAACAUCUACAUCCUGGCCCACCAGCUGGCCAGACACAGUAAGUUCCUGCAGCAGAGCUUGAGGCCGCCAGCGACGGGGCUAUUGCUGAGCCAUAAAAUAGAGGGAGAAGACGCCCUCGGUUACUAUGCCAACCACACCGCUCAGAUAGAGAUUGUGCGUCACGACCGCACAAUGGAGAAAAUAGUGUUCCCAGUGCCCAACAUUUGUGAGUACCUGACAGAGGAGUCCAAAACGCGCGUGUUCACCACCACCGAGAGGGACGACCAAGGCAGCAAGGUCAAUGACUUCUUCACGCAGUUCGACGACCUCUACAACGAGAUGCGCUGGCAAAAGAAGAUACGCAAUAACCUUGCUCUGUUCUGGUUCUCUCGGCACAUCUCUCUGUGGGGAAGCAUCUCUUUCUACCUGGCAGUGCUGGUCAAUGUGGCCGUGGCUCUCUUCUACCCCUUCGGUGACGACGAAGAUGAAGGCAUCCUGCCCCCCUUUGUAUCCAUCCUGCUGUGGGUGGCGUUGGUGGUGUGUACCACCAUGCUCUUCAUCCUUCCCAAACCAGGGAGUGUCCGGCCCUUCCUGGUCUCUAUUAUACUGCGCUCCAUCUACACACUGGGCCUGGACCCCACCCUGUUGCUACUGGGCGCCGCCAACCUCCUCAAUAAGAUUGUGUUCCUGGUGAGCUUUGUGGGCAACCAGGGGACGUUCACACGGGGCUACAAGCCGGUGGUCAUGGACAUGCCCUUCCUGUACCACGUGGGCUAUGUCAUCGUCUGUAUGCUGGGCCUCUUCGUCCACGAGUUCUUCUACAGCUUCCUGCUCUUUGACCUGCUGAACCGUGAGGAGACCCUGCUGAAUGUGGUCAAGAGUGUGACGCGUAAUGGGCGCUCCAUCGUCCUCACGGCUGUACUGGCCCUCAUCCUGGUCUACCUCUUCUCCAUCGUGGGCUUCCUCUUCCUCAAGGACGACUUCCGCAUGGACGUGCAACGUCUGCCAGUGAUGGCGGGGGAGGACGAUGGGACGGAGCGUGUGUGUGACACUCUGCUGAUGUGUAUCGUGACGGUGCUGAACCAGGGCCUGAGGAACGGAGGGGGAGUGGGAGAUGUGCUGAGGAAACCUUCCAAAGACGAUCCUCUGUUUGUGGCCCGUGUGGUGUAUGACCUGCUGUUCUUCUUCAUCGUCAUAAUCAUCGUCCUCAACCUCAUCUUCGGCGUCAUCAUCGAUACGUUCGCUGACCUGAGGAGCGAGAAGCAGAGGAAGGAGGAGAUACUGAAGACCACCUGCUUCAUCUGUGGGUUGGAGAGGGAUAAGUUUGACAACAAGACGGUGUCCUUUGAGGAGCACAUCACGUCGGAACACAACAUGUGGCACUAUCUGUAUUUCCUGGUUCUGGUGAGGGUGAAGGACCCCACAGAGUACACCGGCCCAGAAAGCUACGUGGCCCAGAUGAUCAAGGAGAAGAACCUGGACUGGUUCCCCCGGAUGCGGGCCAUGUCUCUGGUGAGCAGCGAGGGGGAGAGUGAGCAGAACGAGAUGCGCUCCCUACAGGAGAAACUGGAUGGCACCGUCAAACUAGUGUCCCUGCUGUCUUCCCAGCUGUUCGAGCUAAAGGAGAAGAUGACAGAGCAAAGGAAGAAUAAACAGAGGCUGGGCUUCCUGGGGACUCAUGGAGUCAACAACCACCAUAUCCCAGCACACUGAGGGGCCCGGUGCCCCCUUAUCACAGAGAACUCUGCUGGAGCUACACACAGUAACCACACUAACACACUAACACACACACACACACACACACACACACACACACACACAAUGUUAUCUGUUUUAUGGAGCCUUUACUCAAACAGUGCCUUGUAUUCAACGCAAUCAGUACCUCGUUCUUAGACUGAGUCCUCAGACGACUCACCCAGCAUCACCCUCCCACAUAGAACAGUACAGUGAUUUGUGCCUUUAGAACAACACAAGCUACACAGUCAUUCUGAUCAUCCCAUAUAAGUCCUUCUGCUCUAUGAGUGAGACUGAAUGAGAUGCCAGGCAUGCGUCACUAUGCCAGGCUGCAGCAGACUGACUGCAGCCUGGAGGUCAAGGAAGAGUGUUAAAGGUUAAGCACUGUGGCCCUGUGGGCAGCCACACUCUUCCUUCAGUAUUCUCAGUGCACUGUGUCUGUCUGACAGAUGAAGACAGAGACUGGGCUAUACCCAGGUCAGGUAUUGGUACAUUGGGUGGUUGGUGUUGUUCAACUCUGUUUAGACUUUGGAGGGGUUGCUCCUUGUAUUAUUGAAUAGCCCUUUUGGGAAAGGGUAUACGUGUAAUUUUAAGGUACAGUAUUUUCUUCCUAGCCUGGUCCCAGAUCUGUUUUUGCAGUCUUGCCAACUCCUAUGACAAUAAUAUGAGUAGUAAUAUAAUAUGAGUUGGCAAGAACGCACAAACAGAUCUGGGACCAGGCUAUCUAUUCUCUUUUGUUUUGUUUUAAUAUGACCUGUUAACUCAUGAAUGUGGAGAAUAAAUAUAUUUUUUUCUUUCUUUUUUUUUACUGUGGAGUAGAAAUGGAUAAACUUACCGCGUGGCUGCCUUAUGUGGGAGCAUUGCUUCAUCAUCUUAAUCAUAAUGACCGGGAUAGUCAAUGUUCUCAGUGGCCUGCACUUUUUUUUAAAUAUAUAUAUAUAUAUUUUUGUUAACAUACAACUGGAGAAAAAUACUUUUUGGUGACACUUUACUUGAACUAGCCGCAAUAAUGCUUCAUAGCUGUGUCAUAAACAUGUAGUAAAGAUUCAUUGCAGAUGUCAUUUCUAAAGGAUAUACUAUGACAAUGUUGUGACACAUAUAUUUACAUAUUGCUGUAGUUGGCCUCCUACUGUGAAGCUUCAAGACAUGUUAACGACGCUGUUACGGCGCUGAGUUCAAGUAAAGUAUUACCGCCUUUCCUCUCAAAGAAGUGUCAUCAAUGAUAAUGCAAUCGCUGCACUCCAUUACGUGCCUUUCUACAAAUGUUGUACAUAGUCUAGAAAUAACGCAAUGAAAAAAUGUAGAUGAAGAUAAUCUGAUUAUCUGUGUGGAAUUUACUUGAAAGUCCUUGUGAUUCAAAGUCUUAUAUUAGUACAGAAUGUAUUCACCACUGUCUAAAGAUAAUGUGCUUGUGUACAAUACAGUAGAUAGGUCGUACCACGAAAUGAGUCCCUUUUGGGUACUAUAACUUGCUGAAAAAAAAACAUUCUGUCAUUAAGAGUACAUGUUCAACUUAAUUAAAAAACAUGUUUUCCCAUUUCAAGAGGUUAAAUAAAAAAAUGACUGUGGUAAGUGCCUAUUAAGUACCAAAUAAAAUAGCAGGGUUGGCCGUAACAGGGUUGACCGUAGCAGAGUUGGCUGUAACCGGGUGAUUUAGCCUUAAAUCAGGCAUAAAUCCCUUUGUUACAGGGGGAAUGGAAGCUUGUUGUAUGCAACAGGGAGUGACAAUUGAAUGCAAGCUUCACAAAUGUGUUUUAAUUGUUUAAAGAUUUCUAUCCUGUCCAUCUAUGGGUAACGGGGUUGACGUGUUAUGCACGACCCACUCGGUUUUCCACCACAAAACACCAGAAAAUGAUCAAAAGAAAAGAACCAGCUCAACUGCUUUUACAGUAUGAUUUGACUAGUAGAUGUUGAAAGUUACUUUUGAGAAAAUUAUUAAACUCAUAUUACCAUAUUAAAAUGAGAGUUCAGUUCACGUAACGGGGUUGACCUUUAAAAUGAGGGCCAUGGUUUUUUACCUUUUAAAAUGAACCACGAAUCGCCUGAAAUUAACAAUUUUCAGAAAGGACUGUGAAAGCAACUAAAUAUUGAGGGCUUUAGAGUGAUGGAGACAACUUGGAAACAGUUUGUGAUCAAGUGGGUCAAAAUAUUCCUAGAAGUCACAGAGGGGACAUGUCAAAAUGCUGAAUUUAUUCAUGUAAAAAAUCUGAUUUAUUGAAUUGGCCAUGUGGUCUAUAUUAAAUGGCACUUCAUUUAAUAUAUAAUUUAAAUUCAAAAUUGGUUCACAAUUUCUAUUAAGGGACGAAAAAGGGACUCAUUUCGUGGAAUGACCCAGAAACAGUCACUCAUGUUGAUAAAGAUGUUGCAUAAUACUGUACUCAUGGGUGUGUUUCCCAAAUGGCCCCCUAUUCCAUAUGGACCGGGACAUAACCAUGGAACUCAAUCUCCAUACUGUAUUCAUUCUCUGUUUUUUUGUACUCAGCCAUGUAAAGUCAUCUCACUCAGUCAAAUGGAAUGCAAUUCAAAAAAUGUGUAAAAGUUUUAAUCUCGCAUAAUCACAUAACAGUAUGUAUGCACUCCAGAGUGGAAUGCCCUUUGACAGUUUUCUCUAAACAGAUCGUGUAUUUAAUGUUGUUGAGCUGUUAUAAUGUAAUAAAUCUAUGAUAAGAUAAGAA